AUGAGGUCGCUGCUCGUGGAAGGCUCUGGCAGGUGUUCGGGCCGUGUCGAGGUAUACUUUGAAGGCAUAUGGCACACUGUGUGUGACGACUUUUGGGACAAGAAGGAAGCACAGGUGGUGUGUCGGCAGCUGGGCUGCGGGACAGCCGUCUCCGCCCCGGGAGAGGCCCACUAUGGCCAGGGCUCAGGCCCCAUCCUUCUGGACGAUGUGCAGUGCUCGGGGACUGAGGCCAAUCUGGGGCAGUGCUCCCACGCCGGCUGGUUCAUCCACAACUGUGAGCAUGGGGAAGACGCCGGUGUCACCUGCCUGGGAGACUGGCCCACACUGAGGCUGGUAAAUGGCCCCGGGAGAUGCUCUGGACGGGUGGAAGUUUUCUACCAGGGCACCUGGGGGUCCGUGUGCAGUGAUGGCUGGGAUCUGAAGGAGGCACAUGUCGUGUGCAGGCAGCUUGGGUGUGGCCGGGCAGUGUCUGCCCCCUUGGGCGCCCAUUUUGGUCCACGCUCUGGAAAGAUUCUCCUGGACAAUGUGCACUGCAGUGGUGAGGAGAGCCACCUGGCCCUGUGCGUCCAUGAUGCCUGGUUCUCUCACAAGUGCAGUCAGGAGGAGGAUGUUGGAGCCAUCUGCUCAGCCAGUAUCACCACUGUUCCACCUCCUUGUGCCUCCGCAGGGGCCUGGAUGGCGGUGAGGCUGGUGAACGGCACAGGCAGGUGCUCAGGCCGGGUGGAGGUUCUCAUCCAGGGCACGUGGGGAACCGUGUGUGAUGACCUCUGGGACCUGGCCGAAGCCACAGUGGUGUGCCACCAGCUGCAGUGUGGGCUGGCCGUGGCGGCCCCCACAGGGGCCCACUUUGGGGCAGGCUCCGGGAAGAUCCUGCUGGACGACGUGCAGUGUGCGGGCGCUGAGAGCCACCUGGGGCAGUGCGUGCACAGGGGUGAGACCGGGCUCAACUGCGGGCACCUGGAGGACGCCAGCGUCAUAUGUGCAGGGGCCUGGAUGGCGGUGAGGCUGGUGAACGGCACAGGCAGGUGCUCAGGCCGGGUGGAGGUUCUCAUCCAGGGCACGUGGGGAACCGUGUGUGAUGACCUCUGGGACCUGGCCGAGGCCACAGUGGUGUGCCGCCAGCUGCAGUGUGGGCUGGCCGUGGCGGCCCCCACAGGGGCCCACUUUGGGGCAGGCUCCGGGAAGAUCCUGCUGGACGACGUGCAGUGUGCGGGCCCUGAGAGCCACCUGGGGCAAUGCGUGCACAGGGGUGAGACCGGGCUCAACUGCGGGCACCUGGAGGACGCUGGUGUUGUCUGCACAGCAUCUCAGGCCUACAUUGGUUGGCACCCUAUUGCUCCAAACAUCACCCGCAAGGUUUCUCUGGGAAGUCAGAUGCUGCUGCCUACUGGGGUCUUCCAGCACUUCCAGGAAGAAGAAAGUCUAGCCUUGAUGUUCCAAGACCGAGACUGGAUGGCCGUGAGGCUGGUGAACGGCACAGGCAAGUGCUCAGGCCGAGUGGAGGUUCUCAUCCAGGGCACGUGGGGAACCGUAUGUGAUGACCUCUGGGACCUGGAUGAGGCCACAGUGGUGUGUCGCCAGCUGCAGUGUGGCCGGGCUGUGGCAGCCCCCACAGGGGCCCACUUUGGGGCAGGCUCCGGGAAGAUCCUGCUGGACAACGUGCAGUGUGCGGGCGCUGAGAGCCACCUGGGGCAGUGCGUGCACAGGGGUGAGGCUGGGCUCAACUGCGGGCACCUGGAGGAUGCCAGCGUUAUCUGCGCAGUCCAGUCAUCGAAAGGCAGAGAGAGCAACCAUCAGCCCAUGACCCACCGUUCUUUCCCAGGAGGCGGGGCCCCCGUGCGGCUGGUAGGUGGCCAUGGGAGGUGCGCAGGCCGUGUGGAACUCUUCUACCAGGGAGUCUGGGGGACUGUGUGUGAUGACCUCUGGGACCUGCCAGAAGCAAACAUCAUCUGCAGGCAGCUGGGGUGUGGCUGGGCCGUGUCAGCCCCCGGUGAGGCCCACUUUGGGGAAGGUUCUGGGAAGAUCCUCCUUGACAACGUGCACUGCAGGGGAGACGAGCCACGCCUGGAGGAGUGCUCCCACAUCGGCUGGUUUUCCCACAACUGUGGGCACGGAGAAGAUGCCGGCGUGAUCUGUUCAGAUUGCACCAAUGAAUAUUUUGAAAUCCUGGACGGCCCUCCAUCCUCGACAAAGUCCCUGGGGAAAACCUGCUCUGGAUCCUACCUCACCUACGCGUCCUCCUCCAGCUCAAUGACCCUCGUGUACUUCCGAAGCUUCAACAACAUAGGGAAAAACUUCGUUGCUUAUUAUUACUCUGCACCCAAAGGGGACUGGCCAGAGCUGAGGCUGGUGGGCGGCUCAGGACGUUGCUCAGGACGUGUGGAGGUCCUCCAUCAGGGGGCCUGGGGCACCGUGUGUGAUGACCUCUGGGACCUGAACGAAGCCGAGGUCGUGUGCCGACAGCUGGGGUGUGGACGGGCCAUGUCCGCCCUGGGAAAGGCCCACUUCGGCCCGGGCUCUGGAAACAUCUUCCUGGACAACCUGCAGUGUUCCGGGGUAGAGCGCUACCUGGGCCAGUGUGCCCACUCGGGCUGGUCAGAACACAACUGUGGCCACCACGAGGACGCCGGCGUCAUCUGCUCAGGUAGCCCCUCCCCUCUUGGUUGGUCAUUGCCAGUCCCACCUGCCUAUAAGGCCACCCUCUCUUAGAGCUCAAUUCCCCCGUCUUUAAUAAUGGGGACUGAUGGCUCUCUUGCAGGACUGAGGCUGGUGGGCGGCUCGGGACGUUGCUCAGGACGUGUGGAGGUCCUCCACCUGGGGGCCUGGGGCACCGUGUGUGAUGACCUCUGGGACCUGAACGAAGCCGAGGUCGUGUGCCGACAGCUGGGGUGCGGACGGGCCAUGUCCGCCCUGGGAAAGGCCCACUUCGGCCCGGGCUCUGGAAACAUCUUCCUGGACAACCUGCAGUGUUCCGGGGUAGAGCGCUACCUGGGCCAGUGUGCCCACUCGGGCUGGUCGGAGCACAACUGUGGCCACCACGAGGACGCCGGCGUCAUCUGCUCAGACGCAGAAGAACUGCCUCCUCCUACACCUCCAGGUCUUUCCACAGCUUCUCGGGAUCAUAUAACAGGAGGAAGUGGCUCCUGUGGAGGGGUCUUGUCGAGUCUGUCCGGCUCCUUCUCCAGUCCGCUGUACCCGGAGAGCUACCCGACAGACAUCCAGUGCGUCUGGGAGAUUCACGUGGACAAAAAAUUCCGCAUAGAACUCAUGAUUCCGAGCCUGAACCUGGAGGAUAUCCUUGGAUGCCCCUACGACUCCAUUGAAAUCUUCGAUGGCCCCAGGAUUGCCUCGCUGUCCAUGGGGAAGUUCUGUGCCUCAGUGGCUGUGAUAUUUUUCUCCUCCUCAGACAUCAUGACCGUGGUGUUCCGAAGUGAUUCUAUGAUCACCAACACUGGCUUUUAUGCUCUGUUCAAUGUAAUUCCACAGGAUGAAGGAAAAUCAGAAGAUGAACCCGAGCUGCGGCUGGUGGGCGGAUCUGGACAGUGCUCCGGACGCGUGGAGGUCCUCCACCAGGGGAACUGGGGCACCGUAUGUGAUGACCUCUGGGACCUGAACGAAGCCCAGGUGGUGUGCCGACAGCUGGGGUGCGGACGGGCCAUUGCAGCCCCUGGCAAGGCUCACUUCGGCCCAGGCUCCGGAAACAUCCUCCUGGAUAACAUCCAGUGUUCGGGAAGCGAGAACCACCUUGGCCAGUGCCCCAGCUCCGGCUGGUCAGACCACAACUGUGGCCACCAUGAGGAUGCAGGUGUCAUCUGCUCAGGAGGAAGUAACUCUUGUGGAGGACUAAUUUCAGGCCUCUUGGGCUCCUUCUCCAGUCCUUGGUAUCCAACGAACUACCCCACUAACGUGGAGUGCAUCUGGGUGAUACAUGUGGCUGAGAAGUUCCACAUAGAACUGGUGAUCCCAAGCCUGAAAUUAGAGGACAUCUAUGGGUGCCCUUAUGACUUUAUGGAAGUGUUCGAUGGACGGCAAGUUGCCUCACUCUCCAUGGGCAGAUUUUGUGCUGGGACAGAGCUCUCGUUCCUCUCCUCUUCAAACAUCAUGACUGUGGUGUUCAGGAGUGAUGCCAUGAUCACCAACACAGGGUUUUAUGCUCUGUACAACGCCAUUCAGCAGGAUGAAAGGGAGAACGGUGUGUCCCUGAGACUGGUGAACGGCAGCCACAGGUGUGAGGGCCGGGUGGAGGUCUUCUACAACGGCACCUGGGGCACUCUGUGCGAUGACAGCUGGGACGUGACAGACGUCAGGGUGGUGUGCCGGCAGCUUGGCUGUGGCGAGGCCUUAUCAGCCCCAGCUCAGAGCUACUUUGAUGGAGGCACUGGCCACGUCAUGCUAGACGACGUCCAGUGCACAGGGAACGAAGCCAAGGUGUGGCAGUGCGCACACAACGGGUGGUUCUCCCACAACUGUGGGCACCACGAGGAUGCCGGUGCCAUCUGCUCAGGUCCAGAAAGCCCGGCCAAUCCUAUGGCGGUGUCAUUCCUCCUCACGAAGCCCUAUGAAAACUUCCACUGUGGCGGUUUGCUCACAAAUAAUUCGGGCUCCUUCUCCAGCCCUUGGUAUCCUAAGAAAUACCCUAUAAAUGUGGUGUGUGCCUGGGACAUCCACGUGGACGCCGGGGUUCAUAUCAAGCUCACAUUUGAAGUGGUGAAGUUGGAGAACUUCUACGGCUGUCCGUACGACUUCAUUGAAGUCUUUGACGGCCCACAGAGUGAAUCUUUUUCUCUGGGGAGGUUCUGUUCUGGUGCAACCCCAACAUUCACCUCCUCUUCAAAUCGCUUGACGGUGGUCUUCCACAGCGAUGCAAUCGUCACCAACAUGGGCUUUUAUGCAUCCUAUGAGUCCAUUGUGCAAGACGAGAUCAAUACUGAUCUGGCCCUCAGGCUGGCCGGUGGCAGCCACCGGUGCGAGGGCCGCGUGGAGCUGCACUACAAUGGCACUUGGGGGACAGUGUGUGAUGACAGCUGGGACCUGCGUGACGCCCAGGUGGUGUGUGGGCAGCUUUCCUGUGGCAGGGCAGUGUCGGCCCCCAGCAGGGCACAUUUCCGCCAAGGCCUGGGCCCCAUUGCCCUGGACGAUGUGGAGUGUAGGGGGACAGAAGCCAGGCUGUGGCAGUGCCUGCACCGUGGCUGGUUCUCCCACAACUGUGGCCACCACGAAGAUGCCGGCGUCGUCUGCUCAGAUCAGCGGACACUCUCCAAGACGUGCCGGCUCUUCUGGUGGCCGUCGGAAGUGUCCACCGAGGUCCAGGCCUGCGGCUGGAUGAAUGGGUCAGGCAGGUGUGAGGCCCACGCUGACACCCGGGACACGGCAUGUGAUGACAGCCGGUCCCUAGACAAUGCCACGUGGUCUGCAGACAGCUCGGCUGUGGCCCGGCUGUGUCCGCGCUCCCGGGGGCCAGCGUCUGCCCUGGGUCAGGCAGCGUCCUUCCAGACAAUGUCCACUAUUCUGCAGCUGCUGGGCGUCCAGGGAUCCAUCCUCCUGUGGUGCAGGUGCGACCGCGGUGUGGAGAUCCUCUACGAUGGCCCCUGGGGGGCGGUGUGUGACCACCUCUGGGGCCUGUCUGCGGUGCAGGUGGUGAGCCGGCAUUUGGGCUGCAGCCCGGCCCUGGCGGUCCUGAGGGGCAGACUGUUUGGUGGCAGCUUGGGCCCCAUCUUCCUAGACACUGUGCAAUACCUGCCCCUGCGCUUGGCGGAUGGGCACAGCCGCUGCGAGGGCCGGGUUGAGGUCCGCCACGAGGGCGUGUGGGGCACGGUGUGCGACGACCACUGGGACAUCAGGGACGCUCGUGUCGUGUGCCGGCUGCUGGGUUGCGGCCGAGCUCUCGCAGCCCCGGGGCGCGGCCGCUUCGGCCAGGGCUCAGGGCCCAUCCUGCUGGACGACAUGCGCUGCUCGGGCACCGAAGACGCGCUGGACCACUGCGGCCACCCUGGCUGGGCGCGGCACAACUGCCAGCACCAGGAGGACGCGGGCGUGAUCUGCGCAGCCCAGCUCUCCUGCCUGCCUCACCUCUUCCGAGUCGCCAUUGACCGAGGCUAUCUCCGGAGGCUGGGCUACUCCUCUUGGGACCUCCACUUAAAUGAUGAGCUGUGCCGCCCCCAAGUCACCGGGCGGUACCUGAUCUUCAACAUCCCCUACGGUCGCUGUGGCACCAUCAGACAGCGAGGACACAGCGUCACCCCAUCCGGGCCUGACGGACCUCAGACUGGGCCCGAGGCCUCCGGCUUCCCGCUCACCGGCCAGCUGGCGCCGAGCAGGGCUGUGAGGGAGAGGCCUCUGCGCCUGCAGAAAGGCGUCUGUCCGGCCCUGGCCAGCAGCUCUCCCCUCUCGUCCUCCCAGGAAGGGCUCGGCUCCCUCAGCUACUCCAACUCCGUCAGAGGCCGAAUCCAGGGCCACCCCGGCCGAGUCUUCGUGAGGCAUAGGGUACCUCAGCUCAAGUUCACCUGCAGGGUGGACGGCCCGUCUGCAGCUGAAGUCACUCCUGGGGCUGAGGUCCCCAGGGAGCACGCUGGCUAUGACGUGUCCAUAUCCUUCCUCGAGUUGCCCACGUCCCCGCAUGUGAGGAACCCGGGGCCACGCUACGCCAGCCCGAAGAAAGCGGUCUUCCUUCAGGCCACCCUCCACAGCCCCAACCCCACCCUGAGGCUCUUCGUGGAUACCUGCGUGGCUUCUCCAGAUCCCCAUGAUUUUACCACCGUCAAGUACGAUUUGAUCCGGCGAGGGUGCAUCAAAGACAAUACCUAUAUCAACCUGCACUCCCAACAGAAGAACACGGCCCAGUUCAAGUUCAAUGCCUUCAACUUUCUGAGCAACUAUGACGUGGUCUACCUGCAGUGUGAGGUCGCUGUGUGCAAAGUGGGGGACCCCUCCUCCCGCUGCUCCCAAGGCUGUGUAGAACGGAGUAAGAGGGAUGCAGGCCGUGUGGUGACCCCAGAAGAACAGACUGAGCAUUUCCAAGUGGUGGGGCCACUGGAAAUCCACAGAGGGACUGGUCGGAGUAAGACCCUUGUGUGAUUUCUUCACUUUUCGCACAAAUCUGUUAUUAGAAAGAAAAGCCUAUUUCCCUGAAUAAAGUGAUAAGUUUGACAAACCAGAAGCUGCCCAUGGAGCCACAGGUAAAAGAAACAGCUAAGGAGGUUCUCUCUGAGUUUCGAUGCUACAUAAACCUUCUCUGAUUGUUAAACUUGUAAGGCAGUCACUCUGUUUGCUGGCUAGAGAUGCUGCAUCUUCUAAUUCUUCACUACCAAGAACUACACAUGUUCUAAAGAACAGAGAGUUCUCUCUAUAUACCAAAUUGUCAAUUAAAAGAUU